AUGGAGUCAUAUGAUAAUUCAAAAAUGGCAGAGCUCUUUAUGGAAUGUGAAGAAGAAGAGUUGGAACCAUGGCAGAAGAAAGUAAAAGAGGUCGAUGAUGAUGAUGAUGAUGAACCAAUCUUUGUUGGAGAGAUAUCAAGUUCAAAGCCAGCAAUUUCAAAUAUUUUGAAUAGAGUAAACCCCAGCUCAUAUUCGAGGGGAAUAAAGAAUGGUGCACUCUGCCGAGGUAUUACUCCUGCAUUCAAGCCUACAAGUCAACAUUACACGAACCCAACAUCAAAUCCAGUGGCUGCCUCGCCAGUAAAUUUUCAUCCUGAAUCUAGAUCUUCAGAUAGUUCUGUUAUUGUUCAGCCUUUGUCUAAACCUGGUUAUGUAAUGAACUCAUCACGAGUUGUUUCUAAUAAUUCUUCAGAGUUACUGUUUGACUUGACCCAAGAUUCAGGAUUACCACAUUACCAAGGAGGACCAGCAGUUUCUAUAACAGGUAUGAAUGAAAGUUCAUUUUUAUCAAAACGUCCGUCUACUUCUGAAGUAAACAGUGUUAACCCAAAAAAGUCUAAACCCAAUGAAGGUGUUUGUGGAACAAAUUCCUCAGCUGUAUUUUCUUCAGCUAAAUCUCUUUCAGUGACAUCUCCCCAGGCUGUGCCAUCAAAAGGUACAAAUACUUCAUCAAAUCAGUCUAAAAAUGGAACACCUUUUCCAAGAGCCUGUCCAAAGUGCAAUAUUCAUUUCAAUCUUUUGGAUCCUUUGAAAAAUCACAUGAAGUACUGUUGUCCAGACAUGAUAAAUAACGUUUUGGGGCUGGCUAAAACAGAAAUUUCAAGUACAGCAAAUAAAAAUAAAACUGUUGAUUCAGAAAAAGGAAAACUGAUCAUGUUAGUUAAUGACUUUUAUUAUGGGAAGCAUGAAGGAGAUGUCCAGGAAGAACAGAAGACUUACACAACCUUUAAAUGUUUCAGUUGCUUGAAAAUUCUUAAAAAUAAUAUUAGGUUUAUGAACCACAUGAAACAUCAUUUGGAACUUGAGAAGCAGAGCAGUGAAAGCUGGGAAAACCACACCACCUGCCAGCACUGCUACCGACAGUUUCCCACACCAUUUCAACUGCAGUGUCACAUUGAAAGUACACACACACCCCAUGAAUUUUCUACCAUUUGCAAAAUAUGUGAAUUGUCAUUUGAAACAGAGCAUAUCCUUUUACAACAUAUGAAGGACAAUCAUAAGCCUGGUGAAAUGCCAUAUAUUUGCCAGGUUUGCAAUUAUAGAUCAUCAUCAUUUUCUGAUGUAGAAACUCAUUUUAGGACAUCUCAUGAAAACACCAAGAACUUGCUAUGUCCAUUUUGUCUCAAAGUUAUUAAAAUUGCAACACCCUAUAUGCAUCAUUAUAUGAAGCAUCAGAAAAAGGGAAUACAUCGUUGUACAAAAUGCAGACUGCAAUUUUUAACAUGCAAAGAGAAAAUGGAUCACAAGACUCAGCAUCAUCGGACAUUUAUAAAACCUAAACAACUAGAAGGAUUGCCUCCUGGAACAAAAGUUACUAUUCGAGCUUCAGUUGGACCUCUUCAAUCAGGAUCUUCAACCACACCUUCCAUUAGUGCAAGCACUUCUACCCUUCAGCUCUCACCUCCAAGGACUAAAAAUAUAACUGCUAAAAGUCCCACAAAAUCCAACACAAGUAAACCUAAUAUAACUAAAUCCAUUGCAAGUAAGCCUAAUGCAAGUAAGCCUAAUGGAAAUAAACCUAAAUACAAAUCAAAAAUAUCUAAUCUGCAAAAGAAACAAAGCACAUUGGCUAGUAGCAAUAAAAAAAGUAAAGUCAAUACAGCAUUGAGGAAUUUAAGGUAUCGUCGGGGAGUUCACAAGUGCAUUGAGUGUUAUUCUGAAGUAAAAGAUUUUGCAAACCACUUUCCUACCUAUGUCCACUGUAGUUUUUGCAGAUACAACACUAGCUGUAGCAAAUCCUAUGUGAAUCAUAUGAUGAGCUUUCAUAGUAAUCGUCCAAGUAAAAGGUUUUGUAUCUUUAAGAAGUAUUCAGAAGAUCUCAGGGGCAUUACUCUAGUGUGCCUUAAUUGUGAUUUCCUAACUGAUGUUUCUGGCUUAGAUAAUAUGGCUACACACUUAAGUCAACAUGAAACUCAUACUUGUCAAGUUGUAAUAGAGAAAGUUUCUGUUUGUAUCCCAACUUCUGAACAUCUUUCUGAAUUAAAAAAUGAAGCUCCCACAAAGGAACAAGAACCUAUGUCUGAGGAAAUUGCAAGAUCUAAUUUGGCUGAAGAAGAAACAGAAACAUCAAAUUCUGAAAGUAAACAAGAUGAAGCUUCUUCAGAGGAAAUAAAAAAUGGAUGUGAUGUUCAUUUACUUGAAGGCUCAUCAACAACAAAAAGUGAAGAAGAUCGAUCUGUUUCAGAUAAAGAAAAUGAUAACUGUCUUGAAGAUCAGGAAACUGGCUCAAAGGAUAUCUUCAGUUAUGACUCAGCUAUUGAUGCAGAUAAAGUGGAAAAGGAAAAACAAAUAGAGCACAUAUGUCAGGAAACAGAGUUGAAGAUGUGCCAAAGUUCAGAAAACCUUAUUUCAUGUGAUCAGAUUGAGGAUCGCAAUGCUGGUGAAGCUAGAUUUCCUUCCAAGAAUAUUAACGAUUUGCGGUUAACAUCUGGUGAUGUUAGUAUUGAUCAGUUUUUGAGAAAAAGAGAUGAACAUGAAUCUGUUAGUUCUGAUGUUAGUGAGCAAGGCAGUGUUCAUUUGGAACCUUUGACUCCAUCAGAAGUGCUUGAGUUUGAAGCCACAGAGAUUCUUCAGAAGGGUAGUGGUGAUCCUUCAGCCAAGACUGAUGCUGUAGUGUCUGAUCAAACAGAUAACGUUCCUGGAGAAAAUAGCCUUAGCACAACAGAGACAACAGGAGACCUGGUAGAUGAAAAAGAAAGAAGUUGA